CAUGGUAAGGCUAAAUCAGCUUGCUUUUUUAAUUGAACCACCUUUUAGUUUUGACUUUUAAUUAUAAUAACUUUUUUUUUUUAUUUUCUAUAAAACGGAAUAUGGAUUGGCACCCAUAUAUUAUGAAGAUGCUGUCUACUCAGCUCCAUUUCCAGAUACCUCGCAGGACACGUUUAUCACUAUUGUUUUGCUUUAACUUUGUGGAACAUCAUCUUCCACAUCUUUUAGCUAGACAAUUUGAGGUGCUUGAGGGGUUGAAUCUGGAUGACAUUAGAAAUUCUCUUGAAUUGAUCACUUUCAAGAGUAAUAGGAGUAAAAAUGACUCAAACCUUUUAAAGCAUUUUGAAAAAGAACUCUUAAUAUGGAAUAGUAGGCUAUUUGUUGAGAGGUGUUGCAUGUCCAGUCAUGGUUCGCCACCUUCUAACCCAAACCAGGGGACUGCUAUGGAGCCCAAAAAGACAAGGAUGAGGCGCUGGUUAGGUUAUGUUUCGCCUGUUAAUGAAUUGAGAAAAAGGCCUAUCAAAGCACCACAAGGCAGCGAAGGGUUGAAGCUGCGGCGAAAGUGACGGAAAAUAUCUCAAAUGCAACCUCUACUCCUGCUUUGAUGGAUUAAUAUGUGUUAAUUUUCAAGUAUCUGUUUCUAUAAUUUAAUACUUUUACACAUUUGGUAUAUAUGAUCAUGGUGGAGGGAGAAAUUUCAUUCUUAUCUUGGAAGAGUAAAGUCCAACACAUAUUAGCUUCUACUUCUUACAAUGGGACCCCUGUAUUAUAAUAGACUUUUGAAAAAUAUAAGCAAUCCGUACCCGAAGACCGUUGUGUUGUGAAGAGAAAGAGAUACGUUCCGUGGAAGGUUGAAUCUGUAUGAAGGUUGAACAGAAAGCGAAGCAAUCGGAAACCCCAAAACGCGGCGUUUUAAACGAUCAAGACAGUAGUAACAUGGCCGAAGCAUGUACCUCGGAGGAUCACAACCAUAACCAUAUUCCCAUCGAAAUUGUGAGCGACGACGAAAUGGCUUUCAUUGAAGCUGCACUUGCUUUCGCUUCCACUCGUUCUUUCUCUGCAAUUCGUUCUUCUUCUUCUUCUUCUUCUUCGCCACCACACUUUCACUCAAACGCCUUAUCCGUCACCCUCGUGUCCAAUGCCAAAAGAAGGUUAUCAAGUGGCAGCAGUGACAUCGAGGACUUACCUGCCCACAAGAAAAAAUCCAAUCUUUUUGACUCCUUUCUUCGCCGCUUCAGGAAGAAACGGGGUUUGUCCGUCACUGAUCUUACAGCUACGGAAUGGUGCCCUAAACAAAUGGAAUUUUCUCUCCUUCUUGGACGGCGAAAGGUCAAUCAAGCAAUGAGAGCUGGCAUUGCUCGCCAUGCAAAGCUUGAAGAAGAGGUUAUAAAACGGGUGGAAGUGAAGGUCAAAUCACAAGAAGAUCGUUGGGCCCUGAAGUUUCUUAAUUUUAUAAAUGGUGUAAAUCAAUUAUUAUUUGAAGGAUUGACUCGUGAACUGCCAAUAAUAGGUUUUGCAGAAGAUAUAUGGAUGGUGGGAGUGAUUGAUGAGAUUCGGAUGCCAUUAACUGAAAAUCACCAUAAUCCAAUACUAAUUGACACAAAGACUCGUGCUCGAGAUACACUUCCUGCUGAACCACAACGAAGAAAUGGAAGGCUUCAGUUGAUGUGCUACAAGUAUUUGUGGGACAAUUUAGUUGCUGAUGAUUUCCCUUCCGAAAAAUUCUUCACUUAUUUUGGCUUAAACCCUCAAUAUAAUCUAUGUCAAGAUCUGAAAGUGAUAAGUUCUGACUCUGGAUUUUCAGCUUCGACCCUGGAUGAUGUGGUGAGAUAUUACAGAAAUACAUGCAGGAUGCUGGCCCCUGCUCAUGAUCAACUCUUAUUGAGAUAUGAGUAUCAGAAAGAUCAUUCGCUGCUUGGUGAAGAUAAAUUUGCAUAUGAUUCUGUUUGGGUAAAGAAUCAAAUUCAUUAUUGUCUUGAGUUCUGGCUGGGAGAACGAGAAGCCACUUGUACUCCUGAGGAAGAGCGCUGGAAAUGUGGAUUCUGUCAAUUUAAAACUGUCUGUCCGGCAUACACUGAUAGCAAAGGAGCAGUUUCCCCUAAAAGCAAUGAUUCAAAUAUCAAAGAAGGGGAUAUAUCCAAAUGCUGACUCUCUAAUGUUAUUGUUUGCUGCAUCAAUAACGGUGAAAGCCUUCAUUAAGAAAAGCGUGAUAUUUAAUCAGAGCUUAUCAUAGGCCUAAAUAGGUUUACGCUAAGAAUUAUUUUAUUCAUUUAUCAAAAUGUACUGUUGUUGUAACCACAUGUCCAUUAUUUUUCCAACUAUCUAUUCCAUCCCAUCUUGUAUAAAAUAGAAAUUUGAUUUGUAGUUGGAACAUUUUUGUAAACAUUGUAUUCAUCCUUUCAAAGGAUAAGCAAGCCACAAAACAUACCUUGCACUUAUCUACAGGACAAUUCAUUAACUUCGUUGGUACCA